AUGGGGGACAUGACACCAGCAGAGGAGAUCGAGCUCAGGGAUGCUCGCUGCCAGUUGUUUGAAUCCAGCAUGAGGAACGAAGCAAGAAGACUGAGGACCUUUUGGCAAUGGCCAGGCACCUCGCCUGUGUCUGCCCAAGAUUUGGUCAAGGCUGGCUUUUUCUUUGUGGGUCCAAGAGAUGAAGUACAGUGUUUCUGCUGUGGUGGUGUCCUGAAGGACUGGGGACCUGGUGACUGCCCCAUAGCAGAGCACCUGAAGUUCUUCCCUUCCUGUAAAUUCAUUUCUGGUGAGGAUGUUGGGAACCAAGAGAUGCUUCCUCUUCAGGAAAUCUUUGACACUGUGGAUGGGCAGUUCCUCAGUUUUUUGCAGGGGAUAGACAGUGAGGAGACAGCCCUGCCCAACGAACCAGAGUACCCAGAGAUGGUAACGGAGGAGAUGAGACUAUCUACGUUUCAGAACUGGCCGCAAUAUACUGAUGUGCAUCCUGAGCAACUGGCUAGAGCGGGGUUCUUUUACACAGGACAAGAUGAUGUAGUGAGGUGUUUUUACUGUGAUGGAGGUGUGAGGAACUGGUCGUUUGGACACGAUCCUUGGAGAGAACAUGCCAAAUGGUAUCCGGGGUGUGAAUUUUUAUUGCGGUCAAGGGGGAGAGAAUUUGUUAGCAGUGUUCAGGAGUCUUUUUCAAGCACCCUGCUAUCUCCAAGAGAUUCCUGGGAUCAGACUGAAGCAGAUUCCUCUGCUUCCCAAGAUCCUUUGAGGAAUUGGGAAUUGCAGGCUCUUCCUUCUCUGGAUCACUUUAUCAUAGUGCAGAAUGUCCUACAGAUGGGCUUUGACCCCAGCUGGGUGGUAAACCUGGUAGAGAAUAAAUACAUGCUGACUGGGACUUUCUACCUUUCUGAGUCUGAACUGAUUUCUGAUCUGCUUCAGCCAGACUGGGGAGAGAGCAGCAGUGCAGAGGAAAGCAGAGAUGCUGCUGGGAGAGAGACUGAAACAUCAAGUUCAAGAGAAGAAAUGCAGUCUGUGCAACAAAAGGAAUCAGAUGAGUCUCGGAUGAGCACGGAAGAACAGCUUCGGCGCCUGCAAGAGCAAAGGAUGUGCAAAGUGUGCAUGGACAGAGAUGUGUCUGUUGUGUUUGUUCCUUGUGGCCACCUGGUAGCUUGUGGAGAAUGUGCCCUCAAUUUGAGAUUGUGUCCUAUCUGCAGAGCGGUCAUCCGGGGAAGUGUGAAGACUUUCAUGUCCUGA